GAUCAUUGCUACACCAUGGACUCAAGCCCAGCUGGGACCCCCAGUCCGCAGCCCCCGAGGGCCGAUGGGAAUAUCAACCUGGGGCCUUCUGCCAACCCAAAUGCCCGGCCCACGGACUUUGACUUCCUCAAAGUCAUUGGCAAAGGAAACUAUGGGAAGGUCCUACUGGCCAAGCACAAGUCCGACGGGAUGUUCUACGCAGUGAAGGUGCUGCAGAAAAAGUCCAUCUUAAAGAAGAAAGAGCAGAACCACAUCAUGGCAGAGCGCAGCGUGCUCCUGAAGAACGUGCGCCACCCCUUCCUUGUGGGCCUCCGCUACUCCUUCCAGACACCCGAGAAGCUCUACUUCGUGCUGGACUAUGUCAACGGGGGAGAGCUCUUCUUCCACCUGCAGCGGGAGCGCCGGUUCCUGGAGCCCCGGGCCCGGUUCUACGCCGCCGAGGUGGCCAGCGCCAUUGGCUACCUGCACUCCCUCAACAUCAUUUACAGGGACCUGAAACCGGAAAACAUUCUCUUGGACUGCCAGGGACACGUGGUGCUGACAGACUUCGGCCUCUGCAAGGAGGGUGUGGAGCCCGAGGAGACCACAUCCACGUUCUGUGGUACCCCCGAGUACUUGGCUCCAGAAGUGCUCCGUAAGGAGCCUUACGAUCGGGCAGUGGAUUGGUGGUGCUUGGGAGCGGUGCUCUACGAGAUGCUACACGGCCUGCCGCCCUUCUACAGCCAAGACGUAUCCCAGAUGUACGAGAACAUUCUGCACCAGCCGCUACGGAUUCCCGGGGGCCGGACGGUGGCCGCCUGCGACCUCCUGCAAGCCCUGCUCCACAAAGACCAGAGGCAGCGGCUGGGCUCCAAAACAGACUUUCUUGAGAUAAAGAGCCAUGUAUUCUUCAGCCCCAUAAACUGGGAUGACUUGUACCACAAGAGGCUGACUCCACCCUUCAACCCAAAUGUGGCAGGACCUGCUGACUUGAAACACUUUGACCCAGAGUUCACUCAGGAAGCUGUGUCAAAGUCCAUUGGCUGCACUCCUGACACCAUGGCGAGCAGCUCUGGGGCCUCGAGUGCCUUCCUGGGAUUCUCCUAUGCGCCGGAGGAUGAUGCCAUCUUGGACUGCUAG